AUGUUCCCCACCCCCGCACCCCACCGCGCUGGUGUCUUUCUGGUGCCAACAUAUCUGCACAGUGAACAUGACCAGGGAGAUCAAGGAGAAUACAGGAUUAAAACCAAUUUUAGCUCUUCAAGCAACACAGGCUGUACCUCAGUGCCUGAAGCCCAUGUGUCGGCUGCUGGAAGCAAAAGGUCUUUUUCUCACAAUUGUGGCCUUCAUGGUCAGAAUAAUGGAUCCUUAUCCAACAAGUCCAGACCCAGCCCACCUGCUUCCCGUGAAAAGGCCCCUUUGUCAACACUGAGCAAAAACCAGCCGAGUCCUGCGAACACCCGUCAGAAUUAUGGGGCUUCUUUAGCCAGCAGAAGCAACUCAGGCUCAAACAAAGGAAGUGACAGCAGCCAAGUGACGAGGCGAUCAGGGAAAUCUAUUUCUUGUGGUCACAAUUGCAGCACUAAGCCAGAAAAUCCGGAGCGGUAUUUGACUCCUCUGCAGCAGAAAGAAGUUACAAUACGGCAUUUGAAAAAAAAGCUGAAGGAAUCCGAGUGCAAAGUUACAGAAAGGGAAAGAGAAAUCGAAAAGCUCAAAGCUCAGGUGGAACGUAUGAAGGAAGACUGGAUCGAAGACGAGUGUAAUCAUGUGGAGAUGGAGCUGAGCCUCUUGGAAGCAAGGAGGGAAAUUAAAGAACUCAAGCGAGGUAUUGAGAGCAUGAAGAAGAGCUUGGCUGAGAAAGACAAAAAAUUUCAGAAAUACUUCCUAGAAGUAAGCAUUGAAAACAAGAAACUGGAAUCUUUGGUGUCGAGCAUGGAGAUGGCCCUGAAGAGCUCUGUGAGAGAUGAGCAGCGCCCAGAGUACACAUGUGACUCUGAGGGGAAGCCGUUGUGUACCACGAUGCCAGACAGCCCCACCACAGAGGACCAAGCUCUGGAGGAGCUGGCAGGUAGUGGGCUGUUUCUUCAUGAGGACACAGCUAACGGGACUGAUUUAUUUGAAGAGAGUUUGACCACCACAACCUCUGAGUUGAGUGAUUCAGCUCCCUCCAAUUCUAUUGUGAAUCAAGAGAUGCUUGAAAAUGUUCUGGGUGAGAAACUAACUUUUUCCCAGGAGGAGGAGGAGAAAGUCAGAAACAUGAUGGUGGAGCAGACCAUCCAGACUGAUGUGGUGCCAUAUAGCCUAGAAGGGGAGCAGUUCAUUCAAAACAUGUCCAGAGCUCAGAGCUCAAGAUGCCUGUCCUCUAAGCCCGCCUUCUUCCCUGAAGGAAUUGGGUCAAUUUCUCUUGAAAGCCUCAGUGAUUCUGGUAUCGUAGUGGACUUAACUCCAGGUGAGCCAAACUCUACCAUCCUUUUGUCUCCUGUGACACCUCCAUGCAGGAAGGUGGAGCACGGAGUUAAUGAAAACCAUUUUGUGAAAGAACUUGAUUUUACAGAACCUCACGAUGAUGAAGUCUUUGGGUACGUCAAUACUGUUUCUCAGACAGGAAUAAAGAAGACAUACUGGAGCAGCAGACUCGCCAGCGAUCUGGCUGUAGCAGCCCCUGUUGUACCAACUAUCAUGCGGGCUUUCAGUACUCAUGGAGCAGGAACAGAUCUCAUUUACAGUACUGGAGCGUUGUUUUGCAGUUCUGUCCUAGUCCACCGUUUUGCUCUUGACUAUUUGAUUUGCCCUAUAAAUCGGUUUGAAAACAUGUUACUUGUUUCAGAAUGGAAAAGGUAA